AUGGCCCAGUUCCAUGUUCCAGGCAGUCCCGUCUCCACAGCAGCCCUGAAGCCUCGCGUGCUAGAGAGCUUGGGAGCCAAGCAGGGCUCCUCUGGGCAGCACACCCUGGACUUUGGGGGCCCAAGCCCAUUGCUUCCCCAUGGGGCCCAGGCGGAAGCACCAGGCAGUUUCUGGUCCCUGCCGAGGCCUGAGGGAAAGCUCAGGCCCUGGGGGUUCUGCCAUGGGUGUGGGGCUGUCUGGGAGCCACCACCUGGGGCUGAACCCUCCCCCUCUCCCCCAGGGCCCCAGGCAUCAGCCCCCCAGGGGGACCUGCUCUUUCUGUUGGACAGCUCUGCCAGUGUGUCUCAUUAUGAAUUUUCCCGAGUUCGGGAGUUUUUGGGGCAGCUGGCAGCCCCACUGCCCGUGGGCCCCGAGGCCCUGCGUGCCAGCCUGGUGCAUGUCAGCAGCCGGCCGCACACAGAGUUCCCCUUCGGCCAGCACAGCUCAGGUGCGGCUGUCCAGGAUGCCAUACGUGCUGCAGCCCAGCUCAUGGGCAACACCAACACUGGCCUGGCGCUGGAAUAUGUCAAGGAGCAGCUGUUUGCUGAAGCUGCAGGGGCCCGGCCGGGGGUGCCCAAGGUGCUGGUGUGGGUGACAGAUGGCGGCUCCAGCGACCCCGUGGGGCCCCCCAUGCAGGAGCUGAAGGACCUGGGUGUCACCGUCUUCAUCGUCAGUACGGGCCGGGGCAACUUCCUGGAGCUGUCGGCCGCCGCCUCGGCCCCUGCUGAGAAGCACCUGCACUUCGUGGAUGUGGACGACCUGCGCAUCAUCGCCCAGGAGCUGAGGGACUCCAUUCUCGACGCUGUGCAGCCGCAGCAGCAGCAGCUCCGAGCCUCGGAGGUCACGUCCAGCGGCUUCCGCCUGGCCUGGCCGCCCCUGCUGACCGCCGACUCGGGUUAUUACGUGUUGGAACUGGCACCGAGCGCGGAGCCGGGAACCAUGCGUCGCCGGCAGCUGCCGGGGAACGCCACGGGCUGGGCCUGGGCCGACCUGAACCCCGACACGGACUACGACGUGGCGCUGGUGCCCGAGUCCAACGAGCACCCCUUGAAGCCGCAGCACCUCCGGGUGCGCACGCUGCCGGGUGAGGCCGGGCCCUGGCGGCAUGUCCCCCCUCACAGGUCAGCCGUCUCCCACAGGCUCUUACUCCAGCAGCCUCUCCAGUCCCGGGAGCACAUCAAGAUCCACCGCCACCGCGUCCCGCGGCAGCCCGCCCCCAGAGCGAGCUCGGGCAAUCGCGGCGCCGCCUCCGAUGACGUCAUGGUCACAGUGGCCAAUCCGAGGGCCGCGCGGGCAGGGGCCCCUCACGCGCUUCCGCCGCCAGGGAGGAAAAGGCGUGUCUCGCGCUUGCGCAGUGGCGCUGACCGCAGGUUCGCGGCGCGUGGAGGCUGCUCCUAG